AUGCUUAGUAUUCUCAUAAUUGUAGUGAGUCUUACUUCUUUUUCAUUCAUUCAAUAUUUAUUCUUUAUUGUGACUAAUAUAUUCUUCACCUAUCUUCUUUCUUCCCCUUCUUUAUUUUUUUCUUUUUCUUCCCUUCUUUAUUUUUUUCUUCUUUCUUCCCCUUCUUUUUUUUUCUUCUUUCUUCCCCUUCUUUUUUUUUUUCUUUCUUCCCCUUCUUUAUUUUUCUUCUUUCUUCCCCUUCUUUAUUUUUCUUCUUUCUUCCCCUUCUUUAUUUUUCUUCUUUCUUCCCCUUCUUUAUUUUUCUUCUUUCUUCCCCUUCUUUAUUUUUCUUCUUUCUUCCCCUUCUUUAUUUUUCUUCUUUCUUCCCCUUCUUUCUUUUUCUUCUUUCUCUCCCUUCUUUUUUUUCUUCUUUCUUCGCCCUUCUUUUUUUUUUUUCUUUCCCUUCUUUUUUUUCUUCUUUCUCCUUCUUAUUUUUUCUUUUUUUCUUCUUUCUCGCCCUUCUUUUUUUCUUCUUUCUCGCCCUUCUUUUUUUUCUUCUUUCUCGCCCUUCUUUCUUUUUCUUCUUUCUCGCCCUUCUUUCUUUUUCUUCUUUCUCGCCCUUCUUUCUUUUUCUUCUUUCUCGCCCUUCUUUCUUUUUCUUCUUUCUCGCCCUUCUUUCUUUUUCUUCUUUCUCGCCCUUCUUUCUUUUUCUUCUUUCUCCCCUUCUUUCUUUUUCUUCUUUUUCCCUCCUUUUUCUUCUUUCUUUUCACUUUCUUUCCUCCUUUUUCUUCUUUUUCUCUUUCUUUCCUCCUUUUUCUUCUUUUUCUCUUUCUUUCCUCCUUUUUCUUCUUUUUCUUUCUUUCCUCCUUUUUCUUCUUUUUCUUUCUUUCCUUUUUUCUUUUUUCUCUUUCUUUCCUUCCUUUUUCUUCUUUCUCUUUCCCUCCUUUUUCUUCUUUUCUUUCUUUCCACUUUUCUUUUCUUCUUUCUUUUGUUUCUUUCUUUCUUCCCCUUCUUUCUUUUUCUUCUUUUUUCUUCUAA